AUGAGGGAAAUCAUGCAUGAGGAGCCAAGGAAAGAUGCGGGUAUAUUUGUAUUGGGAUUGCCCUUUGCUCUGGUUCAAUCGGGUUAUAUGGGCUUGGUGGUGCUGGUGCUCUCAGCCUGGGUCUGCAACCACACAGGAAGGAGUUUGGUGGCCUGUUUGUACGAAGAGGAACACAGAAACGAUUCCAACGAUGUGUCAAAGGUCAGAGUCCGACACAGCUACCAGGAUAUCAUGGAUGCAUGCUGUAAAGGACUAUGGCCAAAUUGGUCAGUAGUGGGAGGAUGGCUGAUCAAUUUAGCCCAGGUAAUCGAACUGCUGAUGACCUGCACCCUGUAUCUGCUCGUCUCCACUACUUUGCUGUGUGACAGUCUGUCAGGAGUAGCUCUUCCUAGAUCUGUGUGUUCUCUGAUGUCACUGAUGUUCCUUCUGCCCUGCUUGCUUCUGACGGAUCUCAGACCAGUCUCCACUUUCAGUCUGCUAUGCUCCUUGGCCCACAUACUGAUAAGCCUAUUAGUAAUACUGUACUGCCUGAGUUGUGCCAGAUACUGGUCCUGGUCCUCCCUCUCUCUGUCUGUGGACCCAGAAGACUUCAUUGUCUCAGUAGGUGUCAUCAUCUUCUCCUACACCUCUCAGAUCUUCCUACCUUCCCUAGAAGGCAGCAUGGAGGUCAGAGGGCAGUUUGACACCAUGUUGGGUUGGACCCAUGGAGUUGCAUGUAUCAUGAAAACCACUUUUUCACUACUGGCGGUGUUGACUUGGGGGUCAGAGACCAGUGAAGUUAUCACUGACAACCUGCCCCUUAACCUUCGGCCUAUUGUCAAUCUGUGUCUCCUAGCUAAAGCUCUUCUUUCCUUCCCUCUGCCCUUCUACUCUGCUGCUGAGAUUCUUCAAACAUGGUUUCUUAGAGAUGCUUCCCUAUCAUCUUCUUCCAAACAGACAAGUCAUGGCAUUUCUUGUCCAACUCUCAUGGUCCGUGGCGCCUUGUUGGUGUCGUCAUACCUACUGUCCAUGCUAGUGCCCAGGUUUUCUCUGCUAAUGGGCCUGACUGGGAGUUGGAUGCGACUCACUGUGCAGGAUCGGAUUAUAGAUGUGGCUAUACUGAGUCUGGGGAUCAUAUGUAGCGUUGCUGGUGUGAUUUGUGCUGUUAAAGGACUGUUAAAGGAUCUUUAA